AUGGCUUUCUAUACAGAGGAAGAACAAACAGAGGAUUACCUUUUCAAGAUUGUGUUGGUUGGGGACUCGGCUGUUGGUAAAUCUAACUUGCUCUCGAGAUUCGCACGGGACGAGUUUUAUCCCAAUUCGAAAUCAACUAUUGGGGUCGAAUUUCAAACUCAAAAGAUGAAUAUAAGCGGUAAGGAAGUGAAGGCACAGAUUUGGGACACGGCUGGACAAGAGAGGUUUCGGGCCGUGACAUCAGCGUAUUACAGAGGUGCUGUGGGGGCACUCUUGGUGUAUGACAUCAGCAGGCGGCAGACAUUCGAGAGCAUUGGGAGAUGGCUAAAUGAGCUCCAAACUUACUCGGACAUGAAUGUGGUGACGAUACUCGUGGGAAACAAGUCUGACCUAAAGGACGCGCGCGAGGUCCCGACUGUUGAUGGCAAGGCCCUAGCCGAGACAGAGGGUUUGUUCUUUAUCGAGACCUCGGCACUUGACUCGUCAAAUGUGGCUGCAGCUUUUCAAAUGGUGGUGGGUGAGAUUUACAAUAUCUUGAGUAGGAAAGUUAUGCAGUCUCGGGAGCUCGAACAGAAGGAACCGGACUGGAUGGCUAAUGGCAAAACCGUGGUUUUGAAGGCCAAUGAUGAGGGUGGGAAAGGAGGAGGAGGAGAACGAGAAGUCGGUGGAGACGAACAGAGUAAAAAGGGAAGGUGUUGUUCGACUUAA